ACAGAAGUUGAGAGUUGUGGCGUGAAGGUGUAAAGAUAUGAUUUGGUUAGUGUCUAAAUAAGGCUAUGGCGGAAACCUUAUUACCAUGGAUCAAAAGUGAGAUUCCCCGACAUCUCUGAUACACAGUUUGGCGAGACAUGGUAAAUGUAAAGAUGGCAGCUGUCAGAGCAAAGUCAUUUCGUCGCCAAGGAAGUCUCAUUAGGAGCAAAUCUGAGGGGACGUUGAUUGAUCUAGAGGACACUGGAACGCUGAACAUCAACAAUUUAAAUGGGAGUAGUUACAUAAUAAAUCAAGUGACAAAACAUUCAGAGUGGCCUGUGUUGCAGCCGGAGGUCAAACAUGGAAGGCAAACCACAAAUCCAUUCUGGAACAAACUGUCUAUAUCCAAUCCGUUUUUGGAUGACAUUUUACACACAAACAAUGACAAAACAUUAAGCAACGCUGAUCUAUCAGUACAGAAAGAUGAACCUUCGACUCUGUUUGACAGUGAGAACUUUGACGCCAGUAGCACAUCUUCGGACGAAACAAACUUUGCCCAUUUUGCGGAUACGAAGCAAAAGAGCAUAAGACAAUCAGGGAGAUGGAGGAGUGCCUCGGAUAUUCUCGGCGACCAGGAGAGAAAGGAACCGAAAAGGGAAAACGGCCUCAAAUUGUCAGCAGGCCCAUUUCUGAAUGCAGAUUUCGAGUGGUUGAAAAAUGACCGGGAGGCUUACAAAAUGGCCUGGUUGAGUCACAGGCAGCUAACGAGGUCAUGUCUUGACCUAGGCCUGAUGAGUCAGAGUCCUGGAUGGGCCCAGACCCAAGCCACCGACUCUCAGAUAGUCUGCAAGAUAGGUCACAGCGGAGGGUCACUACAGUUACCAGACUCUGAUAUUACCGCCCAUAUCCCAGAGGGCCAUGUUCCUGCUGGGGAGGUUCAGGAGGUUGCACUGAGCCAUCCUGGAGCCCCUCAUGGGCUGAAUAACAACUACAUGACAACCGUGAGUCCGCUCCUGGAGGUGAGUCUCAGCAACACGAGCGGAAAGGAAUCCAUCACACUGGAAAUGAAAAUGGUCGCGGAGGUCAAGAAGGAUCCGAUAAGUCAGGUCAUGACCACAUUUGUGGGACUAGUGUCCAACAAGAGAGAGGGACCUUAUCAGAAAGUCAAGGACUGUUACAUUUACAAGAACAUCAUGCAGAUGAAUCUUCAAGACUUAAAGUCUAAUUUCUAUGUUAUUGUAGCCGCAGAGGCCUCGGUUAUCCAGCCCCCUGCUACAUCCGUUUGGGAUUACCUGGAUCGUCAAGUCACCGUCGCCGUUUAUGGCCCAAAGUAUAUCCAUCCAUCUUUCAAAGUGGUCGUGGUCGUUUCUUGCCACGAUAACGUUCCACCGAGGCUUCCGUUCUCAGAUAUCCACAGGGGCAACAGAAACUUGCCCCCCCUGGUGCUACAGCUCUGGGAGAAGCACCAGUUUAGCCCAGAGAGACUGAAUGACCUACACAUUGUGACUUCCAUCAUAGCGUCAAAGUUCGAAGUCAAAGCCCAGGAUAAAAGGAAAGAAGUGAAACAAGGGCUACUCAAACUGGGUAAAGUCAUUCACCUGCCUCUUGAGCUGGCCAAGAUGGGCAAUGGGGAGAUGGAUUCCUUUAAACUAUGCCUCCAGGUGAGGGAUUCAAACAGUGUCACAGUAGCAGAGUUCCAGGUGUCUUCCCCUGCAGCGGCACCUAUUCGCUCUGAAAAGCGAGAUCCCAUGCGAAACAAAAUGUGUCAAUCGCUAUCUAUACCGGAGGAAUCCGUCCCAGAGUUCCCAAAAUUCUGGACCAGACCUGUGAAGGUGCAGUGUUACGGGGUGGCACUGAAGUCAGUGCUCCGUCAACCGCGAGUGGAGUACCUCCUGGAGUACUUCAAGGGUGACACCGUGGCUCUCCUCUCCAGAGAGACCGUGAGGUCGGUGGGCCAGUCCAAAGUCAAGGAGUGGUACAUCGGCUUCCUCCGAGGCAGGACCGGCCUGGUCCAUUGCAAGAACGUCAAGCUCAUCACCCGAGACCAAGUGAUCGACUUCAACAGCACUGACUUCACCACCGAGACCCUCUUGGACAACAUGGCACUGCCGUUCAAGAAGCUCACCUACAUCUACUCAGACAUCCAGACACUGGUGACUGAACACAUCCUCAGCUGGAGGGGCUUCGCUGAUGCCCUGGGCUACUCGAGCUUGUUGCUGGAAAUCACACGGAGACAUGCUGAAACAGAGGCUGAGAAGGUGGCCUGCGUGCUGGAGAAACUGAAGGAGGACUGCCACACUGAGAACAGCAAGAAGAAGUUCCAGCACAAGCUCAUGAUCGGUUUGUUGAAGAUGGACUCUCAGGCUCUAGUGGCUCAUCUGAUCCAGAACACAGUCAUCCUGUCCACAGCGGUGGAGCUGGGUAUCAGGUGGAGGGAGCUCGCUGAGAGGCUGGGGAAACUCUCCAGUGCUCAGAUCGCUGCUUACGAGGCACCACACCGGGGGAAGAGUGGAGAAGUUAGCGCCGUGUCUAUGUGGAAACCUGCCUAUGACUUCCUGUACUCAUGGAGCCAGCUGUACGGAGAGGGCUACCAGGACAUGAUCCAGGACCUCCACCUGGCCCUGGACAAGAUGAAGAGCCCAAUCACCAGACAGUGGAGGCAGCUGACCGGGGCGCUAAUCGCAGUCAACUGUCUGGAGAUCCUCAGGGUCUCAGCCUUCCCCAAACCAUAGAACCCCACUGAGGAGAAGAAUGAGCACGAUGGAGAGCUCAAAUGGGUAACAACUGUAGAACUGAGGCCACAGAGGCCCUUCGAUCAAGCUUACUGCAGUUCCCACUAUCUUUGAAUACGGAGGUCCUUGUUACGAUGCAGAGGGGGAGGUGAAGAUAAAGUCAAUGUUUGUUCUUGUUCUUGUAUUGUGCCGUGUCUUUGCCCACUUUGUCAGAGUUUCUUCUUCGAGUUCAGUUCAUGUCGUAAACAUAAUUAUAGCUAUAUUUAAUUAUUCAUUGUGGCUAGACACUUAAACUGUAUUGCUAGAUUUUGUUCAUACAAAGCCAGAACCAGUGUACGAACAUAAAUCUCAGCCAUAUUAACCAUAUGUAUCUUUACAUGAGUUUCAUAAAGGCUUCGUUUUGAUAAUUUGUCUAACAGAUAUCUGCUUCCUUUGACAUAAUUUCUUAAGACAAAACAGCAGAAACUAUAUUGAGGUCUGUUACUUUUGGGUUUUUCUGUUAGACACUAUGUGAUAGCGCUUGUUAUUGAUUUGACAUUAAUAGUAAGGCAACAUACAGUAGAGUUAGCACUUCCAGUUGUCACACGGUUUUAUACCUUUUAUAUUUUAUGUUACAAUGUUACAUGAAAUACAGAGCCUGGUUUUUCAUUACAUUUUACAUGUAUUUACGUUUAUUUUAGCUGUAUUUACGCUAAUUCUGGUUAAGGUUGGAAGGGAUUACAUUUGUUUUAUCUGCCAGAUCCAAUCCUCAGUAUUUAGAUUGCUAUUUUUUAACAGUGUCUUAAGCCCAUACACUCAAACCUUUUUCAGUGCAUUUAGUUUUGUCUACUUGAAAAUAGCAUAUUAUGUUAAAAUAUAUUUUAAAUAUGUAAUAUAAUGUAAAACAACCUUGUGAUUUUUCUGAAAUAUAAUAUUUCACAACGUUGAUUUAUAACUGAAAUGGUGACCUGGUGUGUAUGAAGUAUGAAUUAAUAUCACUUACAUUUUGACAGAUAAGUAAUAUAUGACUAUUUAAAUGAAUUGUCAACUACAGUAGUUAAUUGAGAAGAUCAAUUAUUUAUGUUCUAGUUCAUCACCAGGUUGUGAAUCACAUGUUUUGUAAGAGUAGCAGGGAUAGUGAGCAGUAAGGGUCUGUGUCUUGCAUUGUGGGUAGUGUAAUAAUGUGACAAGAUACUACGAGUAGUGUCAUGCGGUUCACUUUGGUCUCGAACAUGUCACAUCCGUUCAGUUAAAGAUAAAUGAGAAUAUUUCGUUUUCGUUAGGGACUUGCAUUGACCCUAAUACUGAAGUCUGUUCAUAGAGGGGGAUGAUUGAAACGACUUGAUUUACCAUGACAAUAACACUUUAAUUACAUAGGCCUAGAUCACGUUCUCUGUAUAGACAGAUUGUAUCCACAGAGGAAACCCUUCAGUUAAAAGACCUGAAGCUGAAAUUCAUCUGAAACGCCCAAUCCUAACUCCCCAAUUUAUAAGCAAUAAAUCCUGUCCUUGAACCCUA